AUGUCUUCAACUUAUGACUUUGUAAUUGUUGGCGGAGGACCCUCGGGCGCCGCCAUAGCCAUUUCGCUGGCAAGGUCAGCGAAGAGACCGAAGGUGUUACUCCUUGAAGCCGGAGGUACGAAUGAUGAUAAGGAGAUGCGCGUCAAUGGACGUCGAUGGCUAGUUUCUCAAAGCCAGGGUCUGAAUUGGGGCUAUAAGACAGCUCCCCAGGAGUACUGUGGGGGGCGAGAACUCGACUACUCAAGAGGCUUAGGUUUAGGUGGUUCCAGCGCAAUUAACUUUAGUAUAUUUAACGUAGGAGCAAGUGGUGACUAUGACGAGUGGGUGCGUGUUGUCGGGGACGAUGCCUUUGGCUGGGCGCAUAUGAAGCGCCGGUACAGGACUCUCGAGUCGUUCGAUCCGACUCCUCCAGCAGGUGUUCCAGAGAAGUAUGCCAAGUCAAAACCCGAGGACCACGGCAAUUCAGGACUCCUGAAGACGGGGUAUACCGCCGAGGUAGAGGCAGAUCUGGUUCCUUUAUUAGAAGCCUACGAGAAGGCUGGACGGCCCCUGAAUCCUGACCAUAACUCCGGAAAUCCUCUCGGUGUAGCCCUGACGAUCAAUUCGGCAAGCAAGGGGUUCCGGUCCACCGCGGCAGAUUUGCUCGUGGAGAUCCCAGAAAACCUGACGAUUCUCACCAAGUCGUUGGUUCAACGUAUUAUUUUGGAAGGCGAAAAGGCUGUUGGCGUCGAGUCUAACGGCAAGAAGCACCUGGCUACUAAAGAGGUCAUUAUCUCGGCCGGUGCUCUCAACACCCCGAAACUGCUCAUGCACUCAGGCAUCGGGCCAAGAGCACAACUUGAGAAAUUCAACAUCCCCGUAGUCCAAGACAUUCCAUGCAUCGGCCAGGGUCUCCGCGACCACUUCUUCGUACCUAUAGCCCAUAUACGCAAGACCGGGGACCCGGACCGCGUAGCCUUCUACAGCAACGAGCAAGCCAAAGCCGUCGCCCUCGAACAAUGGAAAAAGGACGGCACUGGUCCAUGGGCUAAAUACGGGUGCCAAGCGACUUUGGGCUGGUUCAAGCUUCCCAAUCUCUCCUCCCUCCCCGAAUUCGAGGACUUGCCUACGGAGGAAAAGAACCAUUUGAAUAGACCAACAAUCCCGCAUUAUGCUAUCGGCUCGCACUUUCCGCUGCACUGGUUCAUACCGAACUUCCCGCCCGAGGCUAUGAAUUACAUGACGCUCGCGGUGUUCCUGUAUAACGCGCAGAGUCGGGGCGAAGUCACGCUACAAUCCUCCGACCCGGACGCUCCGCCACGUAUCGACCCUAAGUUCCUAUCCACCCCCUUUGAUAGACGAGCCGUAAUAGAGGCUCUCCGAGAUGCGUUACGGUUCGUGAAUUCCGAAGCCUAUGUGAAGGACAACGUGGCGCCAAUUGCAGUACCUGCAGGUGAUUCGGACGAGGAUUACCUUGAGUACUGGCGUGCUAGUGUGGGCUCAUCCUGGCAUAUGACAGGAACCGUUAAGAUGGGAAAACCUGGGGAUGAUGAUGCAGCCGUUGACAGUAACUUCCGGCUUAUGGGUUUCGAUGGCUUGCGCAUUGCUGAUAUGAGUAUCGUUCCCGUCAUUGCGAGUUGCCACGUCCAAUCUGUGGCAUAUUUGACGGGUUUAACUUGUGCCGAGAAGCUAAUUGCCGAAUAUGAUCUCGCAUGA